CCACGCGACCACGGAGAGAGAGACACGCAAACUCCAAAUAUACAGCAGCAGCAGCAGCAGGCGUCAGGGUCGGGAUCGAACCCACGACUUCCUGUAUACCAGGCGAGCUGUCGCUUGGUCUGAUGGAGCAAAGACGCUCAGCGCAGGUCGAUACGACAAGUCAACAAUGCGACCAGCGUGGAUACAGCACAGAUCAGACUGUAAAUUUGACACAGCACCAGAGAACACAAACAGGAGAGAAACCAUUAAAGUGCACUGUGUGUGGGAUGGCGUUUGCAUGGCCAUCAGUCCUUACAAGACACCAGAGAACACACACGGGAGAGAAACCCUUCAAGUGCACUGUGUGUGACGAGGCAUUUGCAUGGCGAUCUUCUCUUAAAAGACACCAGAGAACACAUACAGGAGAGAAACCCUUCAAGUGUACUCUGUGCGGGAAGGCGUUUUCUGUUUUCCAUCUUCUCGUAAUACACCAGAGAACACACACGGGAGAGAAACCCUUCGAGUGCAGUGUAUGUGGGAAGGCAUUUUCACAAGCAGCUCGUGACGACGACGACGACGACAACGACGACGCGUCCUCGUCGUCACCCUCGCUCACCCACGCGGCGCUACAGCUUGAGGGACGACGACGCGUCUUCGUCGUCACCUUCACUCACCCACGCGGCGCUACAGCUUGA